AUGAAUGCAAUGGUGGCGUUUGUUCACUUGACAUUUCUACUAUGUACUGUGUCUUCGUGCGUUCUUGCCAAACAAGGCCUUGAUUUAAGCGAAAGUUGUCUUGCAGCUAAAGAAAAAGCAAAAUGGACAAGAAGUCUUCACUUCAAUAAUAAGUCUUUUUCCCUCAAUAUUGAGGUGAACGAUAAGCCUUCUCACUGGAUCAUAAACUACAUAUUUGAGAUACUUAUUCGAGAGCGUUUUGGGUACAGAAAUAUCAAUUUUAUCUACACUCCAUGGGAUUCCUCUUCAAAUGCGAUCAAUCGUCUCAAUUGUGAAAAGUCCAAUGAUUGUUCUUGUCCCCCGCCCAUUCAUGUUAAUCUGGAAUUAUGGCUUCGCACUGGAGAGCAAGUUUCGGAUUAUGCACCGCCACAUCGUGUGAACAUGAACGGACCGCUUGGUCCGAUAACACGAUGGGGCCUCUAUACCAAUGAGGAAUUAUUAGGUCGUCAGGCUCCAUUAUUCAUGGUGACAGGUGGAAAAGAGGAAUGGCCACCACUGCUUUGUGUGACUAUGAAUUCCCCCGCUACUACACCAAAAUAUUUGGGAUUACUUAUCCUUUACAUGCACCUCUACCAACUCAUUCGCAGAAGGUUUUCUUACUUGAUCAAAAUCCGCGUAUCGGCUGGCCAGGCAGCCAACCAGUUUGGCUUGCCAAAUGGUAGUGCUCUCUGCGCUGAGAAGCUUUACUGGAAGGAGUGGGGAAAAAGAGUUUAUGGCGGUCAACUUAUUGUCGUUGUUCGCUAUGAUAAAACUUCGCCUCUUAAGUUCUAUCGAAGCUUUAUAAUCACCUCCGAAAGGUCCGCCGAGGACAAAGGCCAUACAAACUGGUUCGCUGAUUUGCCCGUGGGCGCUAUUGAACAGGCCUGUGCACACACCAGCACAGACGAGUUGGCGGCAUUCAUUUACACUCGGCGCAACCUUAGCACUGACCCGAGGAUCUCCCAGGAUGUUCACCCAAGCCAGUCCUUUGGCGAAGGUGUACUCUUUUACGACCGCCCCUCUAUGCUGAAGGCCUACAAGACCCUCCUCUUGGAGGAUGGCAUGUCAAUGGAGAUGCAUGUAGAGCAGCGUCCAACCCAGUUCCUGUGGAACCUUACCACACAGGCCCCACGCUUCCCCAUCCUCCUUAAUUGGUACCCCAAUACUCUGACGCUCAAGUCACGACUGGUACGCCUUGGUGUGCCCGACUGUGUUGCUCUCCGUGCCCGCACUCCCGUCGACUCCUCCGUCGACUCCACUUGCGCUUUUGAGGUCAAUCAACUAGUAAAGGUCUCCUGGGCCGGCCUCGCGGAGGCAGCUCCUCUUGUCACCCAGCUAAUUAAUCGAUUUCAUAUCAAGCAGACUGACUACAUUCAACUCCUCCGCCGUGUUAGCCCCAACCUCCUAAACUACACCGAUGCAAUCGAACGAGGCGAGGAGAAGCAGUUUCGUGCACGUUUUCGCGAAACGGCCUGUUGGUGGCUGCGAAUGCAUCGAUCGAGGUGGGAACAGUGGACUGAGGGGUGGAACGUUAAGAAAGAGAUCAUCAUUGGGGGCAUGUUCACCUUCGCGGGCACCGAGGAGUUCAAAGAUUUGGCUCCCAAUGCCUUCCAUGCAGUGGACGUUCUGAACGGCGACGAGAAGUACUUUGGCAACUCGGAGUUUGCCAUUCGUCUUCAAAUUCGCAAUCUUACUUGCUCUCAGAAUGUAGUGCUCAACGAUUUCUUCAAUUUCCUCACCGUCAACCCCAACAAUGAAAGCAUCCUUGGCGUGAUCCUUGCCCUCUGCCCCGAUGCCAUUGAGGCGACUGUGCGGUUGGCGAACCUACGUCGGGUGCUUGUCAUCUCGCCCACUGUGGAGUCUGCCUCCUUCCUGUGGCAGAAACAUUACAAGUUCUUCUUUCGCACCAUUCCCUCCGCCUACACUGCCAGCUUCAUCUUCAUCCGCCUGUUCCAGCAGUGGCGGUGGAAACGGGUCGCGAUGUUCCGGAAGGAUGACCACUAUUUUUAUCGCGAUGCCUUCACCGCAAAUAACAUUACCCUGGUGGACGACUUUGAAGUGAAGGAGUCUAUGCUCACCUAUGCUAACGUCAUAUCGGUGAAACAGCGCAAUGGACGAAUCAUAAUCGUGGAUCAUUCGGCUGGGGCAACCGCUAUUAUCCUUUGCGCCGCUUUUCAUCUGAACAUGCGCGCUGAGGAGGGUUACGUGUGGUUUCUCAGUCCCUGGCUCUCCAAGAACUUCUGGGAGUCGCCGGAAGUGAUUCCUCCUGAGUGCAGUGCCAAUGAUCUCAAGGUCAUGCAUGAUUACUCCUUCAGCGUCUCACAUCCCCUUCACACUGGUGCUGUCAUUUACUCCAAUCUCAUGACCUCCAUGAGUGGACCCAAUCAAUCUGAGGCGUCCAGUGGAAGCAAACCCGAUAUGCGAAUUCGCUCACAUCAGCGCCAGCUAUACGAGCAGUGUACUUUUGAAUCGGUGAUCGUCCUCGGGAGUGCAAUAGCUCGGCUUCUGCGUGAAAAUCCCUCCGCGCUGUCGAUUUUGAGCAAUCCCAAAAUGGCUGAGCGCUUACGGACGUUGGUGUCGAAAACGCACAUGGAGUACUCGAGCAGAGGCUACCUGGACAAGAAUGCAGUCUCCUUUUUCAGUAACAAUGUGGACCAGUUGGGUGAGACCCUCGUCUAUCAAUUCGGCGUCACUCCACCCUCACCACCUGUGCCGCCACAGACUCCACCGCCUGCCUAUGACGAAGACCCCCUUGCUAGCACCGUUCAUCAGCUUAGCUUUGAUUCACACAAUGAUCGUCUCCUGGAGGCGUGGCUGCUGAAACAAAUCCAAGAUAAAACGACUGUUCCCAUCACCCUCUGGUCUUUCAGUGGACCUCUCCAUGGAGAUGAGGAUGGCGAGUCGACCCUGUUGUCGAAAGAUAGAUUUCGGCUGCAUUCCAGCAGCGGUUACUCAUCAUCCUCCUCUCGAGGGGCGUGGGGUGGGGACAUGGAGAACGGAGAGGAGGGCGAGGAAAAUGGGGCGGAGGACAACCGGAACGAUGCGAUCGCUUUCAAGACUUUCGUUGACAACCUCUUCGAGAAGCCCUACGACAAACCGCGCUGGGGUGGCAGUGGCUCUUUGCGUCCCACCGAUGGCUCCAUAACUGAGGCCGAUUGUGCCUUCAGCUUCCUCUCACGCUGGUUUGGUGUCAGUUGUGUCGUUGGCAACUGGAUAUUCGCCAUGGGCGUUCUUAUCAUCAUCGCUAUACCUGUGGUCGCUGUCGUGCUUGCCUACUUCCGGCGACGUCUGCGAGAGGCAGAAAAACUCACUCGGAAGCCCUAUGAAGAACUUUGCGCUCUUUUGGCUGACGUCAAUAUCCCACUAACUGACAUCGUUAUCAAUCGCCGAAUCGGUGACGGUGCCUUUGGUUUGGUGUACGGUGGAGAAGCCAAGUUUGCGGGUCGGUGGGAAGCGGUGGCAGUGAAGAUGAAUACCAACCGCACCACCUACGAGGCGAAGGUGGAGUUCCUCUCUGAGGCCAAGUUGAUGCGUGACCUGCGACACAAGAAUGUGGUACGUCUCGUCGGUGUCUGCAUGGAUCGGCCGCAGGAUGAAAUCUAUCUCAUUAUGGAACUCAUGCUACUUGGUGACCUCAAAAAGUACCUCCUUGAACGCCGUCUCACCGCCCAGCGAUGUCCGGACCACGAGGAUAUUUGUCCGGCGACGCUGACUCGGAUGGCGCUAGACAUAGCCGAGGGGCUGGCGUAUCUGCACAGUAAACAGCUCAUUCAUCGCGAUAUCGCUUGUCGUAACUGCCUGGUGGGCCCGGACCACGUGGUGAAAAUAGGCGACUUCGGACUGACGCGCGAGGCUACCGCGGGCUCCCCGUACGGCUACUACCGCUUUACGCGCAACGUCGAGCUGCCUAUCCGGUGGAUGCCGCCCGAGGCGGUGCAGUUCGGCAUCUUCUCGGUUAAGUCGGACCUCUGGUCCUAUGGCAUCGUUCUCUAUGAGAUUAUUACCUUCGGCAUGUUUCCCUACGCUGAACUCGGCGACGUGGAAGUUGUUGAACGGGUCAAACGAUCCGAGUUCUCGAUCACGCAGAUUCUUCCGCCUGCUGCCAACGGAACUACUGUGUGGCGUCUGAUCGUGAGCUGCUGUCAGUACUACUGGCAACACCGUCCUGAGUCAAUGCUCCAGGUUAUAGAGGAGAUACGGGCCAACGAGAAUUGCAUUCGACCCUACCUCACCGACGAACCACCUACUCUAGAGACCACGGCGAUUCCCUUCCUUCCUGGUCCGGGUGCGUGCAUAAUGCCGGAGCCGCCGCCGGUUCCACAGCCUGCCUUCUCGGCACCGAUGGGGGCACGUGCCUGGGUUGGCGGUGCACCCUUUAUGAACCCCUCGACGCCCUUCACGGAGCCCCCCUCAGCGGGCGAGGGGCCCCAACGCCAUACAGCCGCCAACAGCAGCAGUGGUGGCUGCGGUGGUGGUGGAGGGUGUAGUGAGAAGGUCUAUUUCUCCUCUGCCAACUCUUCUUCCUCCCUUACAUCCAACUCCGCCUCCUCCAGACGGCCCCACAAUACUGCUUUAAACAUCGGACAAACUCCGGUCAAACGAGCUCCACCUCCCACUUCAGUCUAUGCGCCGCCUGGACAUCCUGGUUACCAACCCUCGGAUGAAUUGAAUCCACUUCUCAACCCCUCCAACCGAUCGAUGUCCUUGGAGUUCCUGCAAAAGUCAGACUUCCAUCUCCAAACACCGCCGUCGAGGAGAGCGAACGAAAGUGAUGUCGAAGAAGAGUUAGAGAGAAUCAGCGAGAGCGGGGACGUUGAUCUUCGGCGUGAGGUGGAGGACGAGGAAGGUGAGGUGGAUUUUCAAGGUCGCAGAACCAAGCACCAGCGCACCUCACGUCCCCAAAAGCCCUCUCUUUUGGGUCGCAGCCCCUUCAGCUUCUCCGUGGAUCCUAGUGGUGGGACACGACGGCAACAACAGCACAGUGGUAACUUCUUUGCACGCACAUUCGCGGCCGCAUUGGAUCCGCGUGGCGGCGCCGGGAAGUCGCACCCCCGACGCCCGGUGGGACUGGCCUCCUUUCUGCACAGCGAUCAGUCCUCCUCUAUACGAAUGCGACUGCUCCCCUCUUUACGCCAUCAUAAUCAACAACACCACUUUCAUCAAACAGCCGCCGCUGUUGCUUCUUCCCCCCCAUCCUCCUCGCGCAAUGAACUUACUGCCAAGUCUCUUCCUCAGGUGAGCGGUACCAACUGUCACACCUCUACAGUAGUGUCGAUAACGAAAACGUCACGGCGAGGCGCGUGCAGCUCGGCAGGGGACGCGCACUACCUUGCGCGACCACGUCCGCCCACGACUGCGGCCUUCUCCACCUCUGCCUCUCGCUCAUCCUCAGCAGCAGUGGCUGUGGGGUCGCCUCGGGGUCAGCGACUGCCCAUAGUGACGCAGAACGGCGCCGCGGGCCUGAUUACCUCCAGCGGGAGUAGUCCCACCUUUUCUUAUCCAUCCCCACCUCCUCCCCCUCCGCACAACUCCUUCGUCUAG